AAUGUUUAGAGAAUAUUUAAUAAAACUGUGCAAGUUAAAGUUACUACAGACUUAUUUCCUGCUAGUUAGUGUUUCUAGAUAAUACAAAAUGUCGUAUAUACUGACAGAGGAAGUAAAGAACUGGAUUCAACAAUCCGUUGGUACCGAAAACUGUACUAUCACCAUAGAAAAUACGACCCAGAAAGGAGAAGGUUACGCUGGAGAAUUUAUUUUUGCCAAAGUUGAACUUCAGACGAAUGAAGGUAGAGUUUCACAAGAUAAACCUAUAUUUAUAGCUUUAAAACGCAACAAUCAGAAUCCAGCGGUUCGAAAACAAAUUCCAGUAAUGCACGAAUUAUGUAGAAGGGAAGUAUACUUAUACAGUGCCAUCAUUCCAGCAUAUCAAACGUUUUAUAAAAACAAAACGCUACGAGAUGAUCUUUAUUUGCUUCCAAAGUGCCACAAAACAUUUUUGGAGGGCGAAAAUAACGUAGUUGUUUUAGAGAAUCUUAAAAGAAAAGGUUACGUGCUGCAGCAAAGAGAGAAACCAAUGAACUCCGUUCAAAUCAAACUGUGUUUAAAAUCUUACGCCAAAUUACACGGUUUGGGUUUUGCAAUGAGAGAUCAAACUCCAGAAGAAUUUAAAAUGAUUUCUAGAGACUUACAUCCUCUAAUGCAAGAAGCAUUUAGUAAUUUUAAACCAGUCUUGGAUAGUAAAUCAAUUGCUGUAGUGGAUACAUUACAAAAAGCUGGAAGAGAAGACUUAUCGGUUAGAUUUGAAAAGUUUUAUGAAGAAAAGAGUCUGCACAAUCGUGUUCUUGAAGCCGCCGAAGCAACUAUAGAUCAGAAAGUAAUUAUACAUGGUGAUUGUCAUAAUGCUAAUAUGCUGUUUCUGUUUAAGGACAACGACAUAAGUAACCCUCAACAUGUAGCUCUGAUUGAUUUCCAGAUAACGUGCCUUCAUUCACCUAUAUUGGAUAUCUCAUUCUUUCUUUUCAUGAAUUUAUCUAGUGAAGAAUUUCCACAAAUCAAAGAAUUUUUUGAAUUUUAUUACAGCGAAUUAUCGUCUGUUUUGACAGAACUAGGCAGUGACGUAAAUAAAUUGUUCCCAAAACAUGUUAUGCAAGAACAUUUAAGGAAAUUUUUCCAAUAUGGAUUUUGUAUAUCAGUAGCGUUCUUGGAAAUCUUGUAUAUCGAUAAUGAAGAUGCACCCCCUUUGAUUGAUGAAGAAACCAACGAGGUACUGGGAGGUCUUAAAGAGCUUAAGUUAAAGUCAGGGAAGAAUAUGUGAGACGUCUUGUUUCUAUGGUAGAUAGCUUCUUUAAUAGUGGAUAUGUAUAAUGUGUAAUACUAAAAUACUAAAAUAAUAUAUUACCUAUAU